GGGCACUAGCACUUCAGUCGCGAAGUCAGACCGUAUCACUCUCGCCCAAAAUACCAUCAACACGUUAACCCCCUCCCUGGACACUUCCUCUGCAGAAUUUAGCGGUCUCGGAUACUGGCAAUGUGGUAAUGUCUUCUCUGCGAUGGCCAACGACGACCACGUUGCAGGAACCACGACCAACCAAGCCAUCGUAACACAAGGACUGAACCAGGCAUUCAGCGACUACUCUGACUAUGAUCAAUACGGUUACAAUGAUGAUGCACUAUGGUGGGCAACCGCAGCAUAUUACGGAUAUAGGGCCUAUGGUGACCAAGGCCUCCUUAACAACGCUAUCGCGACCUGGCAACACGUCUCGAACUAUGUCAUCUCUGCUGCCAAUGCAGCUGCAGGAAGUAUUUCCACCAAGAGCUUUGCCAUCGAAGGGUCCUGCGGCGCAACUAUGGCAGGUGGUGUGUUCUGGAGACCUACUUCUGAUGACACUUCCGUCAACUCUGUUACUACUGGACUCUACAUGACGCUAUCUGCCUUCCUCGGCGAAGCUACUGGCGAUAGUACCUAUACAACUGCUGCUGAGCUCAGCGCCACGUGGAUACAGAAUGUCAACCUUAACUCUGACUACCUUGCCCUUGACACGGUUGAUGCUCAAGACUGCUCUCGCUCAGCCGCCACAGAGCUUUUCACGUACAACAGCGGGAAGCUCAUCGAGGGUGUGGCCGUGCUUGCACAAAGCAACUCAGCCUGGAGUGGACUCUUAGCAAAUGCAGUUUCUGGUGCUACCCACACAACAGCCUGGCAAGGCAACAACGGCAUCAUCACAGAGGGUGCGGAUGUCAGCGCUGAUAAUGAUGCCGUUGGCUUCAAAUCUGUCCUCAUCCGGGCUUUGCAUGAAGCUUACACCAGGAACUCAGGCAACAGCGCCUUACAAACACUGAUUCAAAGUUACAUCGACGUCCAGUACAAUGCCCUCGCCAAUCUCGCAUCGACCAACAGCGGAGGCACUAUCUGGUACUCACCUGCCUGGGCAGGACCCGGUCCAUCGUCGAUGAUCUCUUGGGGCCAGCUUGCCGCAUUGGACGUGCUCGUCUCGGUUAUCGAUACUAAUAACUAAUAGAUGGAAGAAUAUCCAGCAUCAGGCAAUACUGUAGCAGAUUGCCUAGCUGAAAGAUAAAUGUAAUAUAGCAUGACACAGGACAGGAUUAUUGAUUAUUGAUGGCACUUCUGAAUCAUCCUAUUUCAGCU